AUGACAUCAAUUGCUCAACUUGGGAGUCGUUUUUUGCAGAAAAACGGGUCAAAUCUGUUGGCUCGUUCUGUGGCCACUGCUGCUCCACCUGCUCCCGAAAAGAAACCCGAGAAGACGUCGUUCGGAAAUCUAAAAGACUCGGAUCGAAUCUUCACGAAUCUUUAUGGACGACACGAUUAUCGAUUGAAAGGAGCGAUGGCUCGGGGUGAUUGGUAUAAGACGAAAGAAAUCAUGCUGAAGGGACCGGAAUGGAUUCUAAAAGAACUUUCAACGUCUGGUCUUCGCGGUCGUGGUGGUGCUGGUUUCCCAUCUGGAAUGAAAUGGGGAUUCAUGAAUAAACCUUUUGAUGGAAGACCCAAGUACUUGGUGGUGAAUGCAGACGAGGGAGAGCCGGGAACGUGCAAAGAUCGAGAGAUUAUGCGACACGAUCCGCACAAACUCAUUGAAGGAUGUUUGAUCGGUGGAUUGGCGAUGGGUGCUCGCGCGGCCUACAUCUACAUUCGUGGAGAGUUCUACAACGAGGCGGUCAUCCUGCAAGAGGCUAUCAAUGAGGCAUACAAGGCUGGAUUCCUCGGGAAAGAUUGCCUCGGCACUGGCUAUCAUUUUGAUGUUUUCGUGCAUCGAGGAGCCGGCGCCUACAUUUGUGGAGAAGAGACAGCUCUCAUCGAAUCACUUGAAGGCAAACAAGGAAAGCCACGUCUGAAGCCGCCAUUCCCCGCAGACAUUGGUCUCUUUGGAUGCCCAACAACGGUGACAAACGUCGAAACGGUGGCCGUGGCGCCGACGAUUUGCCGUCGUGGUGGCUCCUGGUUUGCGGGAUUCGGCCGAGAGCGCAAUCGUGGAACAAAACUUUUCUGCAUCUCUGGACAAGUCAACAACCCGUGCACAGUCGAGGAGGAGAUGAGUGUUCCGCUUAAAGAUCUAAUCGAACGACAUUGCGGCGGAGUGAUUGGUGGAUGGGAUAACCUGCUCGCGAUCAUCCCUGGUGGAUCUUCUGUGCCACUCCUUCCCAAACCAAUUUGCGACACCGUUUUGAUGGAUUUUGAUGCUCUGGUCGCUGUCCAAUCGGGUCUUGGCACUGCCGCGGUGAUUGUGAUGAACAAACAGGCUGACGUUGUCAAAUGCAUUGCUCGACUCUCGCUUUUCUAUAAACAUGAAAGCUGUGGACAAUGCACACCGUGCAGAGAAGGGUGCUCUUGGUUGAAUAAGAUGAUGUGGCGCUUCGUUGAUGGACGUGCAAAACCAUCGGAAAUCGACAUGAUUUGGGAGUUGUCCAAACAAAUCGAAGGACACACGAUUUGCGCUCUCGGAGACGCGGCGGCUUGGCCUGUUCAGGGCCUCAUUCGUCACUUCCGUCCCGAGCUAGAGCGUCGAAUGGCGCAAUAUCACGAGACGUUCAUGGCCGAGAAAGGAUUCAAACCCGAAGAGAGCAAGAUUCUUAACGGAAAACAU